UCUGACAUAACCUCACUUUAUACACACAUCACAAUUGGCCAAUUUUUUGUGUAUAACCACCAAUUUAUUUCCCUUAUUUACGUGAAACACUUUAUUUUCGUGUAAAAUUAAUAAGGUUUGAUUAUUUAUCGUACUAGAGCCACAAUUUAAGUAAAAGCCGGUUUCUAACCUCAAUCUUUUGCGACUUGGAAAAUGAGUUUUUUGCGCUGUGGUUUCACUCGUGUCCGUUAUUUUUGCACUCAAAGUCUUGUUCCGAAAGCCCCGACUCGUUCUAAAAUCGACCGGGAUAAGUUGCCCCCACGCACAAGCAUUGAUGCUAAAACUAUAGCCCUUUUAGAGCGCUUAUCACUCGUCGAUUGUGCCAACAAGCAAGGGAUUGAGACCCUAGAAGGGGCUAUUGCGUUCGCCGACCAAAUCCAGCAAGUGGAUACUUCGAACAUCGAGCCUUUGGUGACGGUUUUGGAAGACAGGCCGUUGCGUACGAGGGAAGACCACGUCAGUGAAGGUAAUUGCCGGGAGGAUAUUCUCCGAAACGCUGAAAUCACCGAAGAGGAGUAUUUCGUCGCGCCCCCCGGGAACAUCCCCCUCGAGCCCCGUGAGGAUUUACUCCACGAUGACGUUCGAAAAAAUCGCGAAACUGUGUGA